CCCUUCCUUUCAAAUCGCGCCCAGUCUAGUCCGACGAUUACAGGAACAGGGCAGGAGCUUCUUUGGAGUCAGGAUUCUCAGUCGCCGCCCUUGUACGGGCGCCCUUCUUCAACGGCUGCGCCGCCGUCCCGUUCUCAUCACCCAUCUUCUACCUUCCUCUAUUAAGACCGCAUACGGCAUAUGCCUGGGCGUCCCUUAAUCAUCGCGUUUUUCGGAGUCUAGACUGAUCUCUUUCCCUGCAGUGAUCUCUGAUCCACACUUAUCCCUCGUCUCCUCACUUCCCCUUCCCUCUGUUUUUACAACAUCGAAUCGAAUGACACGAACUUGACUUCCUACCCUCCAACCAAACGCCCAAAGAUCUUUUCAGUCUAAUCUUAGACGAAAUCCCAUAUAUCAAGACAUUAGGCCAAAUUCGUUCCAGGAUCAUCUUUGCCCCAACCCUAUGCCCAAACACGUCCAUCCAAAUUGAUGCCAGCAAGUGUGGCCAUACUAAUACCGCAUCCGCACGGUAUCUAUUUGACAAAAUUCCCAUUAAAAAUUGUCGUGGGUUUACAAUGUGAUGAUCAGAAGCUGUGCCAACAACCGGUUUCAUCAAGAUGGUAUUUUUCUUUUCAAAAAGCAUGUCCGCGGAUACUAUUUGGCUUGACUGUUAUACCAUUCCGUGCAUUCUCAAAGCGUGUUCAGUCUCUGAGAAUGUGUUGUUAGGGUGCAACUUCACGGCCCAAUUGUAAAGAAUGGCCUUGAUUCAAAUUUAUAUACAGGGAACUGUUUCGUGGUCAUGUAUGGGAAGUGUGGGUUUUUGGCUGAGAAUAGGCGAGUUCUUGAUGAAAUGCCUCCAAGGGAUGUUGUUUCUUGGAACUCAAUGGUUGUGGGAUAUGCUCAAAAUGGAAGCUUUGAUGAUGCAUUAGAGGCUAUGAAGCACGGAUAUUUCCCUAGGGUGUCGUAUCAGCAUAUCGGAAACGUUCUCGUAUCUGAGGAUACCCGUACCUUUCCGCGUUUCCGCGUAUCCAUAUCGGUGCUUCAUAGAUUAGAGGUUUGCAAGCAAAUGAACUUCUUCUGUCUGAAACCGGAUGCUUGGACAAUGGCUAGCCUUUUGUCAGCUGUCACCAACACAUGUAUGGGAAAUGUUGCAUUUGUGUGGAACAUGUUUUUGGAUAUGGGCAAAAACAAAUUGGAUCCUUUGGAAUGUGAAGAUGGUUGUAUAUGUCAAGAACUCUAUGCCUACAUAGGCCAUCAAAACUAGGGCUAACCCCGGAUCUGGGAAUUCCUGUUCUGUACCGAAGAACCGUCCUGUACCGUUCCAGAACCGAAAGAAUCGGAAAAAUGUAAUACCGUACCGUACCAAACUUUUUUAAUAAUAUGGUACGGUACCGGUUCUUAGUGAGAACCGUCCCGGAACCGUAUUGAACCGAACCUUCUCGUACCGUCCCGAAUUGUCCCGAAACUAGUGUUAUAAUAUAAUAAUAUAUUAUAUAUAAUAUAUUACCGAAGUAUAAAUGUUGGUGACCAUAUGUCCCGAAAACUAGUGUUAUAAUAUAAUACUACGUACGGAGUAAUAUUUUAUACUAUCAGUAUAUAAUAUAUUACCGAGUAUAAAUGUCAGACCGUAUGUCCAUAUAUUACAAAUAUGCAAUCUUGCAAAUUCUUUGGGCGUAAUCCAAUUAUUACGAUUUGACAGCACUAAAAGUUAGCUUUAAAACAAAAACAAUACUAAAUGAUAUAAACAAUGCUACGUAAAUAGGGUUAAUUAUAUUUCAUGGGGGUUAAUUACUUAGGAAUCAAAUAACACCGGAGAACCGUACCAAACCACACUGAAAAUUGGUACGGAACGGGACAGGUUCUAUAUACUCCGUAAUAUACUCUAUUAGUCCCCAUACUUAAAAACAAAAAUCAAGAACGGAACGGUAUUACAUUUUUCCGGCUCUUGAUAUACUCCAUAAUAUACUCUAUUAGUCCCCAUAUUUAAAAACAAAAAUCAAGUACCGGCUCUUGAUUUUUGUUUUUAAAUAUAUACUCCGUAAUAUACUCUAUUAGUCCCCAUACUUAAAGUGUCACAUAAGUAUUACCAGUUGUCAGGCCGGUGAUGGUUGAGAGACACUGAAUUAUUACUCAUAUGUGAUACCCACUUGUACCCCUAUUUGUGAAGCUGGAUUUUUCCCUCAUGAAUUGAUUGAAUUCAUUGAUGGAUCUUAAGAUGAAUCUCAAAAUAAAUUAGUCUGAUUGUUGAAAAAGGGGUACAAUUUAUUUGGUGUAGGCAGUCCGAACAUAUUCACAUAAACCUUAUAGGCAUAACAAUGUCUGCUGCAGCUUGAUCUGUAUAUGUAUUCAUAUUUUUUAAAACCUGCUGCUGUGGUGUGAAGCAAGGAAAAGUUGUUAACUACGUAUGGUGGUAGAAGCAGUGGAG